CCGUUCUGCGGUAUUUGUUGCUGUUGAAGCGGGAAGGAGGGAAUGAAAGCUCAGUAACGGCCUCUAAACAACAAAAUAUACAAGGUUAAGCCAAGAAAAAGAGCAACAUGCCUCGGGAGAUCAUAACACUGCAGCUGGGACAGUGUGGAAAUCAAAUUGGAUUUGAAUUUUGGAAGCAGCUCUGUGCCGAGCAUGGAAUCAGUCCUGAGGGUAUAGUGGAGGAGUUUGCCACUGAGGGCACUGACCGGAAAGAUGUAUUCUUCUAUCAGGCAGAUGACGAGCACUACAUUCCUCGAGCCGUGCUGCUGGACCUGGAGCCCCGAGUCAUCCACACAAUCCUGAACUCCCCUUACGCCAACCUGUACAACCCUGAGAACAUCUACCUCUCUGAGCACGGCGGCGGGGCCGGAAACAACUGGGCCAGUGGCUUCUCCCAGGGUGAGAAAAUCCAUGAAGACAUCUUUGACAUCAUUGACAGAGAGGCAGAUGGCAGUGACAGUCUGGAGGGUUUUGUACUGUGCCACUCCAUCGCUGGAGGAACAGGGUCUGGCCUAGGCUCGUACUUGUUGGAAAAACUGAAUGACAGGUAUCCUAAGAAGCUGGUCCAGACGUACUCUGUGUUUCCUAAUCAGGAUGAAAUGAGUGAUGUGGUGGUGCAGCCCUACAACUCACUCCUUACCCUGAAGAGACUCACUCAGAACGCAGACUGUGUGGUGGUGUUGGAUAACACGGCUCUGAACAGAAUAGCUACAGACAGACUGCACAUCCAAAACCCUUCUUUCUCACAGAUUAACCAACUGGUCUCCACCAUCAUGUCUGCUAGCACAACAACGCUGCGUUACCCUGGAUACAUGAACAACGAUUUGAUUGGGUUGAUUGCAUCCCUCAUCCCUACUCCUCGUCUCCACUUUCUCAUGACUGGUUAUACACCAUUGACCACUGACCAAUCAGUAGCAAGUGUGAGGAAGACUACGGUUCUGGACGUGAUGAGGAGGCUCCUGCAGCCAAAGAACGUCAUGGUGUCCACAGGCCGAGACCGCCAGACCAACCACUGUUAUAUUGCCAUUCUAAACAUCAUCCAGGGAGAGGUGGAUCCUACACAGGUCCAUAAGAGCCUUCAGAGGAUUCGAGAAAGGAAAUUGGCUAAUUUUAUCCCAUGGGGUCCUGCCAGUAUCCAGGUGGCACUCUCCCGCAGAUCUCCUUAUUUGCCGUCUGCCCACCGCGUCAGUGGCCUUAUGAUGGCCAAUCACACCAGCAUCUCCUCACUGUUCGACAGGACGUGCCGUCAGUACGAUAAGCUGCGUAAGCGUGAGGCCUUCCUGGAGCAGUUCCGUAAAGAAGACAUGUUCAAAGACAACUUUGACGAGUUGGACGACUCGCGGGAGGUGGUGCAGCACCUGAUCGAUGAGUACAGCGCAGCUACACGGCCCGACUACAUCUCGUGGGGAACGCAGGAGCAGUGAAUCUACCCCUAACCAACAAACCAGCAUGUAGCAGUGAGCAAGCCAGUGGGUUCUGGACUUGUCUUCUAAAGCUGAGAUGUGGUUUUGUCUCCUGCAGGUUAUUACACAUGAAAUGAGGUGUUGAACUUGCUCCUAAAAAGAGGCCCGUGUUUUCAAGACCCUCCGUUCAGUGAGUCAGCGUAGCCUCUGUUUCUUCUGUGCAGUAUAUUAGAAGUGUAUGCGGAGACUACUGCAGUUCUAAGUGUGUGGACCUUUAGCAUAAUAUAAUGUGUAUUCCUCAGUGUGCAGGCCUGUAUAUUAGGGCUGCAUGAUAUGGACAAAAAAAGCACAUUGUAAUUAUAUUCAUACUGCAGUUGCGAUAUGCUUUGCAGUAUAUUAAACAUUUGAUGCAACAUGUUGACCUGUGGAUUUUGACACAAAUUUAUCACAUUUGUGAAUGUCUUGAUUUAUCCAAACACCCAACGAACAUCUCUGAUUGGUCAGAAUGCUCAUAGCACCCCAUAAAGUAUAGUGAUUGGUUAGAAGCUCAUUUGCAUAUUGCCUUUUGCAGUGUAACUAGUUAGUAAUGCCUAACAGACGUUAUUGUGCAGCCCUAUUAUAUAAGAGUGCUACAUAACUUGUAUGUGCCUAUAUGCUUUCUCAAAAUGAUGCUUGAUGUAGUGAAGAUGCUCAUCAUUCUCUUGCUAUCUCUUGUUUGCUAUUUUCUCUCUCUGUCUCUCUCCCUCUCUUUCUCACACACACAAUAGCAAUGAUCAGAAAAGUAUGGAAGCCUGUUUUCACCACAAAAAAACAAAGUAUACUUUUCUCAUUAUUAUGACUUAAUCUCAUUACAAGAUCUCAUCAUUUGGAGACACUAAGUCAUAAUAUUGAGGUAGUGUUUUAUAACUAAGAAACUGUCAUUAUGAGAUACUAUGAGACAGUAAUUCAUAAGUGAGAAUUUUGAUAAUUCAGAUAUCUGAUUGUCUUCAUAUUUAACAGUUGACAUACUAUCUCAGUUGUGAUAUACUCUCAUAAUUAUUAGUAUCUCAUAAUGACAUACCAUCCCUCAAUUACAAGAUACUAUGUCAAAAUUAUGAACAACUAUUUUACAACUAUCACUUAGAAGUAGCAUCUCGUAAUUUACUCGCUGACUUAUGAUCUCAUAAUACCAUUUCUCAGUUAUAAGUAUACAAAAUACAAAUAAUAUUCUUUUGUUAUCUCGUGACUCCAUGAUUGAGAUACCAAGUGGUAGUUGUAUCACACUUUUACUGAGAGUUACUGAGAAUACUGGCAUUUGAGAUACUACUGAGAAACUAUACUAUUUUUUUUUGUUAUCUCAUUUGAUUACGAAAACAUGAUUGAGAUACUAAGUGAUAGUAAUUCAUAGGUAUGAGAUAAUUGAGCUUAUAUAGUUUCUUGUAAUUAUGAGUUACUAUGAGACACUUUCUCACCAUUAUGAGAGAGUCAUAUAAUUAUCAUGAGUCAUAAUGAUGUUAAUGUAAUUAUUAUGACUUAACAAAUGGCUCCCCCCUCCCCAGGUGGUGGAAAUGGGCUUCCAUAGAAAAGUCACAGUUCUAUUUUUAUAUUCUGCUCUUUUUACCACAGUGUACUUCAGGUUAACACAGACACACACACCUACGCACUCACUUCUUACUCCUACACACGUGCUUGCCUUCACGACCACACACACACUCUCUUUCCUGAGUAAGCAGAUAAGGCAGGGUGGUCUCUCCGUGGGGCGGCUGGCUGAAAGCUGCUCUGAAGGAGAGGUUUGGGGGGGUGGUGGAAGGAUGGAAGGAACGAUAAGCCUUUUUGGAAAGAAAUUCAAGAAAGAUCCGAGUAGCUCAUGACUGCACUUUCUCUGUUAAACUGGCGCUCUGCUUCUGCUUAUCAUAAGCACUCACUCAAGCUUCUCCAUGAAGCAAAGCACUGGCUUUCAUUCAGGGGUUUUCAGACCGAUUGUGUCGUUUCACUUUUUAUCUGUUGGUCACAGUUUUUUCCACACAAAUGUUUUAAAUAAGGCGGCUCAUCGUGCAGGGAAUCUUUCAGCAUACUGAUAAUCACACGUCAAAAGACAAGGCCCUCUUUCUCGCUGGUAACUUUCAGCAGACGAUCAGAAGCCUUUAGCUGAAUGUUAGACCUUGCUGCAUUCCUUCAAUCAGUACUCAGCAUUUAGAAACCUCAGACUGUGUAGAUAUAACUUCUUAAAUCCAGAUGAACUAGGGGCUGAUGUAAAUGCACUUAUGGAUAAAGAGAGGCUGUUUCUCAACCCCAAUUCUUAUAUAUAUCAUCACUGUCCUAUCACAAGUUCAUAACUUUUUUACAUCAAAUUUUAUUCAUUUACAUUAUUUGAAAACUUGAGCUGUCCUCCACGUUGUUUGCACGUUUCAUGAGUAAUGGACGAAAAAAAACCCAACUCAAAUUGCUUUAGCUUUUUUAACCAUUCAGAAGUUUGGAAUCAGUGUUUUCAGUAGUAUGAAUAAAAGUUUAAUGCAGAUACAUAUAAAAUUAUUCUAGUAUAAUAACAAUGAGCCUUAUUCACCAACAAUUCUUAGGAAGAAAUUCACUUUAUUCACUAACUGUUCUUAAGAAAACCCUCUUACGCUGUUUUCACAAAGAUUCUGAUAUUCACUAGUGUUUUCUUAUUUGGGAUUUGUUCUUAGGUAAGAAGAGAAUCUAUGCACACUUAAGUGCACAAAAGUGUGAACAUUUCUGUGUUUUAAGAACCUGUCAUGAAUCUGACGUAGACUUUUUCUUAGGAACUUUCUCGAACAAUUUUAAGAAAAAACUUGGCUUCAUUCAGUAAUAUCUUCCUAAGAUCUUAAAGUCUACAUUAAAUUCCUGACGUUUUCUUAAAACUCAAAAUUGUUCGUACUUUUGUGCACUAAUGUUGUAUGUAUAUUAGAAGAGCAAAUCUCAAAGAAGAAAUCAUUGGCGAAUGUCAGAAUUAACGUAGUCUUUACGAAGAAAUUUCUUCUUAAGAUCACUUGGUGAAUGAGGCCCACUGUUUUAUUGGUUUCUGCUUGGAGGAAGCCGUAAAAAUGUAUUAAUUUUUUGAAGAUUGAUAGCUGUAGACGAUAAUUAAAAAAGCUAUAUAAGACUGACAAUGAACAUGACUGUUGGAGCAAAACCUUGUAUCUCCAAAAAAGCAAUUUACAUGAGAAGGAAAAACAUUCUUGCAUUGCAAUGUAAGUUAAUAUAGCAAGAUUAUCGUAACUCAUUUUUGACCAUUUCUAUUGGUCUGUUUGUCUUUUUUUAUAUGGUGCAAACAGCAGCUGGCAGUUUCAAAUUAUGUACAAAUAAAUAAAAACAAAAAUGGAGAUAUAAGGUUUUCUUCCAACAGCAACAAUAUAAUUAAAUCAGUGAAGCUCUGAUUUAAAAUUAAAUCCAAUUAAAAUGCAAAGUUCAUAAAACUAAUAUUUCUCAUGACACAUUUGAAAAAGUGGUGCCCAAAUCCUGCUGAUAAAAUAGUAAUUUUGACUUUCGUAGUAAUUACAUGAUGAUAAGUUAUUAUAAAUUUCUCGAAUUAAAGUUUAUUAUUUAAUUACUCUCUUUGACCAUUUCAUAACUUCUUGUUCCUGAAAUACUUUGUGAAUAAAUCAUUGGUUUACGUGUUGAUGUCUAGUUUAACACGUUCCAAUCUACAAUCUGUAAGUUAUUAUUGAAAAACGAUUAUUAAUGCGACACCUGAUUCCAAACUUUUGAAUGGCCGUGAUGAGGUUUCGUUAUAACAGGGACAAUUUGGGUCCUUAUCAGUACAUUUUGAUUAGGACUGAGACUCCAACUCAUUAGCACUAAAGUCUCUCUUCAGCUGAAACACCUUCAAAUGUGACUAUUGGUCAGAUAUUGUUGCUAAAAUAAUAAUAAAAAAAAAACACCAAACAAAAAUCUACUUAAAAAUGAUCAUUUUUAUCCGUGUUAAUGUAACUAGGUUAUAUUCUAGAUCAUUUCUGUUGGUCCCUCGAUCAUUAAAUCUUGCAUCUGGUGUAAAAACAAAUAUACAGUGAUGAGGUUUUGAUACGACUGUGAUGAUCUAUUCUUUUGACUAUCUAAUGUUGAUAUUUGCUCUUCUGUACUUUUAGGACCCAAAUCAGAACAUUUUCCUCACUGUUUCAGGCUCAGUCAUGUGACCUCAGUGUUAAACAUGGUAAUGUUUUAUUUAUUGGUUCUUUCUGUAACAGUUAAAAUGCCUUCAUUGUGGAACUCUUGUCAUUCUGAGCCUCUUCUCUUUGCUGCACUUUCCUGUUUGUUCUCUCUGUCCUCACGUCUUUCUGUUCUGUACAGUGUGUGUGGUCAGAAAAUGCGUUUACUUGAAGUAGGUGACUUGAAUAAAUGAUUUUCUAUGAGCAGA